AGGCACCGAGCCAGGCGGGCCCCAGUGCGGGGGCGGGGGCGGGAGCCGGAGGAGGCGGAGGCGGAGCAGCGCCGCGCAGCCCGGACCCGCCGCCGCUCCGCUCAGCCGCCAGCCGGCUCCCCGCGCCCGCCCGCUCAUGCCGGGGUGGUGCUGCCGCUGCUCCCUGGCUCGCCGCUUCAGAAAUUACAGUGGCCCUGAAAGUGAAGGACAACUUUUGAGCUCCUUAGUUCAGCAUUUUGGUGACAGCCUUGGGAGGAAAGAUAAAAGAAUGCCCUUACUAGAAGAAACCACUCUGACUGGGGACCCGCUCCUGACUGUGCCAAUAGUGAUAAUAGGGAAUGGACCUUCAGGAAUUUGUCUUUCUUACAUGCUGUCUGGGUAUAGGCCAUAUUUGUCUCCUGAAGCUGUACAUCCAAAUCCCAUUUUGCAUAGUAAAUUAGAAGAAGCUAGACAUCUCUCUAUUGUUGACCAAGAUUUAGAAUACUUGUCUGAAGGUCUUGAAGGACGUUCUUCCAAUCCAGUUGCAGUACUUUUUGAUACACUGCUUCAUCCAGAUGCUGACUUUGGCUAUGAUUACCCACCUGUUCUGCACUGGAAGCUAGAACAGCAUCAUUAUAUCCCUCAUAUAGUGCUUGGCAAAGGACCACCUGGUGGAGCUUGGCAUACUAUGGAAGAUUCUAUGUUGACAAUCAGUUUUGGCGACUGGAUGGAGUUACCAGGACUGAAGUUUAAGGAUUGGGCAGCUAGUAAACGCAGAAGUAUAAAGAGUGACAGAGUUAUGCCAGAAGAAAUAGCUUGUUACUAUAAACAGUAUGUUAAAGUCAUGGGCCUCCAGAAGAACUUCAGAGACAAUGCUUACAUAACAUCUGUUUCAAGACUUUACCGAGAACAGGAUGACGAAGAUGAAAGCCAAGUGAGCGAAGAUAUUUCAACACAGCAUUUGCAAAUGGAAAAGGAAGAUAUACCGUCUUCACUGAUCAAGAGAAAUUGGGAAGUCAGAGGUUAUCAGAGAACAACAGAUGGCACUAAGGUGCCCUUCUGCCUCUUUGCUGAGAAUGUGGCUCUUGCGACUGGAACUUUUGAUUCUCCUGGCCGACUACAGGUUGAAGGAGAAGAAUUUCCUUUUGUGUUUCAUUCCAUGUCUGACUUUGGAGCUGCCAUCAGCAAAGGAAAACUACGUGGGAAAGUAGACCCUGUCUUAAUCGUGGGUGCUGGACUCUCGGCAGCUGAUGCAGUACUGUGUGCUUACAACAAUAACAUCCCUGUAAUUCAUGUUUUUCGUAGAAGGGUUACUGAUCCAAGUUUAAUUUUCAAACAGCUGCCUAAAAAGCUUUAUCCUGAAUACCAUAAGGUUUAUCAUAUGAUGUGUACUCAGUCACAUGCUGUGGACUCUAAUCUGCAUUCUGCUUACACCAGUUUUCCUGAGCACCGUGUACUUUCCUUCAAGCCAGACAUGAAAUGUGUCCUACAGAGUGCCUCUGGAUUGAAGAAAAUCUUCAAGUUCUCCGUAGCCUUAGUACUGAUAGGUUCUCACCCUAAUUUGUUCUUUCUAAAGGACCAUGGUCAGGGUAUAGGUCAUAGCCCAAACCAGCCAAUCACAUGCAAGGGUAAUCCUAUUGAGAUUGAUCCAUAUACUUACGAGUGCACUAAAGAAGCCAAUCUUUUUGCAUUAGGCCCACUGGUUGGAGACAAUUUUGUACGGUUUUUAAAAGGAGGUGCACUGGGCAUUGCACGAUGUUUGGCUACAAGACAAAAGAAGAAACAUCAACUAAUUGUUGAAAGAGGCGGCGAUGGGGAUGGGGUCCCCUAAAACACGCGGUCAUAUAAACUUUCAUAUAUGGAAUUACGGGCAUACUCUAACAAGCAACACAUUGACAGCCAAAUUCAUUAGUAGCCUCUUUUUUAUUAUGUAUACAAGUCACGCUUGUAUUGCCUGGUAGAGGAUGCUGACACUGCACUACUUCACCCUUUUCAAAAGACGGAAGUGUGGUUGCUGUUUUAAGCGCUCUGUCCCCCAACUGGAAUUUCUUCUAGAUAGACAGCAAAUGAGACUAACUUACAUUGACUUGGCUGUGGUCUCUUGCUCAAAUGAAAGAGCACACUUACUCUCUGGAAAGAGAAUGUCUGCCCAAGUGCUGCUUUUUCUUCUUAGUAUUUCACUUCACAAAAUAUACUUAUUGUGAAAGUAUAAAUCAAAGUUAAGUUGUAAGAGCAGAAAGCUUUCCUUGUGAUGAUCUUUGGUCUCAAAGCAAGUGUGUGUAUUUUGAACAAGGAUUAUAUUUAUUUUGCCAUAGUAAUACUGGCAUUUGUAUAAAUGUUUAUUUAGCCCUUAGUAAAGCAGUCUUUACAAUAAACGAAGAGGAUUUCUACAAGCAGAAAAAGAUUGGCUUAAUAGUUAAACCAGAUCCAUCAUAAUUUGGUACUGGGAUAAAAGAGAGAACAGUAUUCCUUUAAGCUUAGUUGCUAAUUUGACAAUCCACUAAUGUUUUUGUCAAGUGUAUACCUACACUUCCAUAAGUGCAUAAGGACCAUAAUAUAGGGAUUUUAUAGAGAUCUAUUCUCUAUUACACUGCUAUGUAACUUUCCAAGAAUAUUCUGGUUUACAGUAAAAUAAUAAAGUGCUGAUGUAAGUGCUCUUACGACAGUGUCAAUAUAGUGAAUACCUAAUUUACUUUAGAAAAAAAAUCUGUUUGAAAAGGAAAUAUUGUUGAGAAGUAACUGUAAAACCUGUAAACAAUUUUUCUCACAAUAUCGCUAAAGACUGAAUAGGAUCUCUUAUCAGGUAGAGAUAGGGGGCAGACACUCCCAUGUUCCCUUACUAAGUCCAAGCACUGUCUCCUGCUCUUUUCUAAGGUAAUGCUUAACAUUACAACUAGGAUGUCUCUAACCACUCAUAUUUCUUUUUUAAAAGCCAUGGUCUAAAACUGUCACCAUACAAAAUGACUGAGCGUGUAUAGAAAUGUUCUUGCAAAAUCAUCAUUCUCUGCUUAUGGGAGUGACAAGGAUGCAAACUCAAGAUUGCAAAUGGGCACAUACUAAAUUUCACACUUCUGGUCUCUCUAAGGUGACACCUAGAGCAGAGUUGGGCAAACUAUGGCCCGCGGGACCCUCCUGCCUGGCCCUUUAGCUCCCGGCCCUUCCCCUGCAGCCUCAGCAUGCCGUGCCAUGAGCGCUCUGGCCCGCCACUCCUGUUGGGCAGCGUGGCUGGCUCUAGACUUGGCAUCAGGGCUCUGAGCAGCAUGGUAAGGGGACAGGGAGCGGGGGAGUUGGACAAGGGGACGGGAUCCCAGGGAGCAGGGGGGAUCCUGGGGAGGUGGACAGAGAUUGGGGCAGUCGGGAUGGGGCAGUUGGAUGGAUGGAGGUUCAGGGGGUGGUGGUCAGGUGAUGGGGAACAGGGCGGGUUGAAUAGGGCAUGGGAGUCCCAGGGGGCCUGUUUGGGGGCGGGGUGUGGAUAGGGUUCAGAGCAGUCGGGACAGGGAGCAGUGGGGGUUGGAUAGGGGGUGGGGGCCCAUGGGGUGGUUAGGAGCAGGUGUCCUAGGAGGGGGGCAGUCGGGGCAGGAAGUGGGAGGGGGCAGAUAGGAGGUGGGGCCAGGCUGUUUGAGGAGGCAAAGCCCUCCCUACCCAGCCCUCCAUACAUUUUCGCAACCCCAAUGUGGCACUUGGGCCAAAAAGUUUGCCCACCCCUAACCUAGAGUCUCAAGCCCAAGUAUUUAGAUAAAUAAACUACUAUAGACACAACCCAAUGUUACUCACUGUAGCUGGAGCAAACAAUAACUUGAAAGUUUCUAAAUAAUUUUCAGAACUAGUUAAGUACUUAUGUAUACCCCCUUUUGGAUAGGUGUUCAGUUUUAGUUUAAUCCGUUACCAGGCACUUUAACUCAAAUCUAAUGUGGUAGAAGACAUGUUGUCUAAUUCAGUUCAUUAGUGUCUGCUCUUAAGUGUAUUGUGGAGUAUAUAACGAUAGUUUUGGACUAAAAAGGCCUUUAUGUACAUGAAUAAAAUGAAGCUCAAACCCCAAAAAGAUCACAAUGAUGGACAAGAUAUAAGAACCUGAACAGAACACAGAAAAGAUCCUUGAUAACUUAUACUUCAAGACUGUAUAACUGGUGAUGUACAUAUUCUGUAUCCCAAACAUGUGACUCUUGAGUUGCAUUAAUUUAGUAAUACGCACAAAUAGAUUGGAUAGUGUCCAGUCUGUCUGUGCUUACUAAUAAACUUGGAGCUAGAUCCUGCAAACAUUUAGGCUUGUUAGUAUAGUUACAUAGGAUCUGGACUUUUGCGUAAGGGAAGUGAGGGAAAAUUGAGGCACAGGCAUUCAAACCAUAGUAUUUUCAAUUGAAGGCUAAGGAAUCUACAUUUUAAAAACUUAGUUGUGUAGUUUACAAACUUAAGCAAUUUAUAAAAUUCAAUAGUAUAAAUAAUGUGAAUAAAACAAGGCAAAAUUUUUAAAUAAUUGCUUUUGUUCCCAGUCAUGCCCACAUGAUUUGAAUUUAGCCAUUUCUUGUUUCAUUUGUAUUUACAUAAACUAUUAACUACUUUUUGUAUCUGGAAAACAAAGAGCUAUGUGAAUAAUUGGUUUCAAUUGGUGGGUUUUUUUGUUUUUGUUUUUUUGCAUAAGCAGACACAGUAGACAAGUAUAAUCUUUCCCCAUCAUUUUAGCAGAACUUGUGUAACUACAGUUUAAAAUGUAUACCUAAUUCAUAGUUAUCUAGUUAAGAGAUUUUGAUUUUUAUUACAUAAGUUGCAUACAUUAGGUGUGAGCUAAAGAUUUUAUUAAAGAACCUAACUGCGUUUGUAACAAACUUACCAUACUUUUGCAUGGGGGUGAGGCAUAUCCAAAAGUGGAGGUGUUUCAGACAUUUAUGGUAGAUAACUGACAAAAUAACAUCACAGAUUAUAAAAAGCAUUUCCAUCAUUCAUGCACAAAUUUGAUUUUUCAUGUACUUCUAGUUUAAUAAUUAAAUGGGACAAAGGGACUGACUUAAUCACAAAAGCAAAAAAAUGUAGAAGACAGACUAGUCCCAUCUUUAGCUGCAGCAGUUACUUGGGUAUUAUAAACACUUAACAUGAUGACAAGAGUUAAUUGCAGAGCUUUUUACUGAGGGUCUUAUAUUGGUGUCCAUUGCUGUAGGUUUGCAGCACCUCCCAAAGAGUUAACAGUGAUCUCUUCCAUUCCUGCCAGUGUUCCUAAGCAUUCAACUAAGUUUUGAGUGCAGGUCAGUAGGCUGGACAGAGCAGUAGUUUUCAGUAUGCAUGUCUAGAAUUUGAAGAAUAAAUGUUACCUCGCCAGUGUAAAUAAGCCUUUUUACUGAUUGAAGCAGUACUGAGAAAUCUUCCCUUUUAUGCUAGGAGCUGCUAGUUUUGUAUUUGCAAUUGGCUUUUUUUUUUUACCGAUUGAAAAAACUGUCAACUGUCAAUUAUGCAGACUAAUAUUUAGAAUUUUCAGAAGACCUGGACUUAUUUUACAAAUUGAUAAUAAAAUUGCAGUUAACUAGGGUAGCACUAACCUGGAUUGUGUAGCAAUGCAAUUUAUAUUUUUAUAGUUGCCUUUGGUUCAGAAAUAGGUUAUAAUCCAAAGCAAUACUGAGUAUAUCUCCAGGCUAAAUUAUAGCCAUGAAGUUUUUAAAAUAAUUUGAUCCCUGAAAAUGUCUAGGAGUUCAACCUCAGAAUUGCCAUACCAGACCUGACAAAUGGUGCACUUACUACGUGACUGUUUAACAGUGGUAAUUGUUUAAAGAAAGGCACUUGUGUAAUAAUAAACCAUGGGGAGAGUUUCUUUUGGGGUCAAAAGAUUGGCUUAUAACUUGAAACGUGAGGUCUGACAUGUGGCUAAAGCUUUUAUACUAGACAGUAACUGCAGAAUUCUUUAUUCAGAUACAAUACGUAAUCUUCUCUUGAAUCUUACCAAGGUGUUCACCUAAGGCACUGAGUUCCACAGAUUGGUGUGUUACAUUAUAAAUGUUGUGCCCACUAAUCCUGACUGAAUUGCACCCUCUUUCUCUACAGACUAGUAGAAGUUCAUGUUCUUUGAAGGGAAUGCUGGACCUACUCACCUGGCAACCCACUAGAAGAGUUCGUCUGAAGUUGUAGAAAAUUUAAAUCCUAAACGUAAUCAUUCAACCCAGCUUUGAGAUUAGUGGGGUUGUUUUUGUUUUUGGUUUUUUUUUUUUUUUUUUUAGACCUGUCACCCUAAGGGGAGAAAAUGGAAUCGAUUUACUGGGAACCUGCUCUAAGAUAAGUAAACUGAAUACAGCUGGAUAGGAUGAUUUAGUGUAAUCAUAACUGGAAGAAAGACAAUUGGCAUUCUUCUUGAUGAUCUUCACUGAUGGCAAGCAAUGAGCAGUGAGGAACAAUAGGGAGAGAAAGUAGGAAAGAUGACCUAGGAAAGAUUCCCUAUGACCCUGGAGGGUUUAAAUUGGGAUCAGAGACUGGAGUAUCGCCCUCCUGAGGGAGGUCUCUGCAGAUGCUUGCAAACUGAGUUUGUAGAUCUGGCGAAAGUGGAGAGAUGACUAUAGUGCAGCCUUACAUCUCUCUCCCUACUAAGGCUGAAAUUCUGACCAGCAUGUUGCCAUGCUCCAUGACAAAUAAGCAUAGAUGUCUUUGGAUGUUGCAUUUCUGGAAGCCUUGCAUUGUCUGCUAUGUAACAGUGAAUCCAUCUGGUUCCUGAAGCUGCAAAAGACUUGUUAAACUUUGUUUUUCAUUCUAAAUACAAUGUGGAAGAGUUUCUCAGUAUUACUUGUGGGUGUUUUUGAACUGAGCUGACAAAUGGGAGCACAUUACCUCAACUGGGGAGAGAAGGAGCAUUUGGAAUAAAACUGGGAGACGGUUUAAGAACUGUUUUGCCUUCCUGAAAGAGGAAAAAGUGUCUUACUUGAAAGAGCUAUACUAUCUGGGACUCUAAAGUGAUGGCAACUGAAACAUGUUUUGACAGAGAAAGCAAGGCUUUAUUGACAUUAGCAUUCAGAUGGAGUCCAAGUAAGGGUGUUGAAGAUGCCAUUCUGGUCCUUGCAGGGGAAAUUGUGAGAAGGGCUUUAAGAGGUUUGGCAAAUUUGAAGAUGAUAGAGGCCAAGGAAGAUCUGGAUUUAAAACACUGAGGGCAGAAAGUUGCACCUUCGAGGAGUUAAAGCUGACACCUAUGGACAGAUCCUCAUGCAACAGUUGAAUAGUAGCCACAUCCCUGGGGCUAUUUUUUAUUUCUCCCCUUAGAAAAAUUUCUUCGUGCCAAGACUUUCUUUCUAUACGAGUGCAAUGUAAAGAUAAUUUGACCAGAAUAUCUCAAGUUAGAUAACAGCUUAGAGACAGAGGGAGAAAUUAUAAGCCCAAGUCAGAGAGGAAAUGGUGAGACCAAAAAGAAGGGCUACCAUAGCUAAUGUAUGCUAUUAGAAUCACUGUCCCAUCCGCCUUUAUUUUUGUACUGUGUUGUGUCUUGGAGGAAUGUGGAAAAUGCAUAGCAAAGAUUGUGGCCACUGACGUGGCAGAAUAUGCAUCCCAGAGGAAUCUGAGUUCUCUCUGGAAAAAUAUGAAUCCCUUUAGCUUUUUGUCAGCUUGCAGACAGGUCUGCCUGGGGCUGCCCUAGCUCUGUCUGGAGUAGAAGACCCAUUCCAUUUGGCUUAUUGAUUGCCUGUGGAGCCAGUUUGUGUUGAUGUUGCUUGAGAGUGGUUAAGGACCGAGAUGAAAGACGAGGGGUAAAAUUUUCAAAAGCAUCUACGUAGAUAAGAGCUGAAUUGUGAAGGGCUUUGAAGAUAAGGACCAAAUGUUUCUUUGAUAUAGUGGAAAAAGGGGAGCCAGAGAAAGGAUUUGAAGCAUAGUGCCAGGAUCAACUAGGAAACAGCUUGGCAGCAGUGUUCUGAAUGGACCCAAAGUGGUUGUAGUUAAAGUUAGAGAGGAGGUCGUUCCAAUAGUUAAGUCAUGAUUAAACAAGAGCUUUGACAAUCUAAACAAGGAAAAGGUUGGUUCUUAAAGAUACUGAAAUGGAGAAAUUUCAAGAUUUGAUUAUAGCUUGAUUACAAGGGUUCAGAGAGGGAAGUGUUGAAAGUCUUGGAUGUUGGCAGGAACAAUGGAGCUCAGUCUUUGCCAUGUUCAAUUUAAGUUACCAGAUCAGCCAAGACAGUGAUUCUCAAUCUUUCUAGACUACGAUACCCUUUUAAGAAUUUAUGUCUUGCAUACCCCCAAGUUUCAUCUCAUUUAAAAACUACUUGCUUACAAAAUCAGACAUAAAAAUACAAAGUGUUACCACACAUUAUUACUGAAAAAUUGCUCACUUUCUCAUUUUUACCAUACAAUUAUAAAAUUGGAAUAUAAAUAUUGUACUAACAUUUCAGUGUAUAUUGUACAGAGCAACAUAAACAAAUAAUUGUCUAUGAAAUUUCAGUUUGCACUGACUUCACUAAUGCUUUUUAUGUAGCCUGUUGUAAAACUAGGCAAAUAUCUAGUUGAGUUGAUACCUCCUGAAUACCUCCGAGUACGAACAGGGGCACACGUACUGCUGGUUGAGAACCACUGAGCCAAGAUGUGGAACAGGUCCUGAGUAUCGAGGCACAUAUUUGAGUCAUAAGCACAAAGAUGGCGGUCAGAGCCUAUGAAAAUGUGUAAGAUUGCCUAGACAUUUCAUCCAGGCUGUGGAGCACAAAAGACAAAUAUGUGAGAAACAGCUACUGAAAGAGAGGGGAAGAAAGACCCAGCAAACAACAUGCUGAAGGGAAUGAACAUAGUAGCAAAGGAGAGCCAUGGAAGCCAAUGGCUAACAGGAUUUCAAAUACUAGAUGGUCAUAAAGUGUCAAAAGGAGAGUGAAGAUGGAGCAGAAGCCCUUAGCUUUGUCCAGGAAGAGGACAGUGGAAUGAAGAGGGUAGAAGCUGGGUAUUUCAGGCAAUGAUUGAAAAUGCGGUUGAGUCAGUUUGGGAGUUUGUGCAAUAAUUAGAAAGGCAAGUGAGGUCAAGAUUGGGGUGUUUAAGAUGGAGACUAAAGGAUGCUUAUAUUGUGCAGGGAAGAAAAGUGAGAAUGGAGCCAAAGGGGAUGAGAAGUGGGAUGGGAUGGGGUCCCAGGAGCAGAUGAAAGGGCUAGAGAACAGCCAAGAAACCUUAGUGGUAGCAAGUGGAUGAUAAUGCUGCUGGCGAUCAUGUCUAAGACCUGAUACCUGCCAGACCGCCUGGAGAGGUGGAGGGGAAGCACAGCACAAGCACUAGGCUGCCCAAGGAGGGAUGGGGGAGAAAACAAACAGCCUUGAAAUUUUUUGAUGACACACUGUCUGCUGGUCAUCUAAGCACUCACCUGGGAUGUGGGAGAACUGGGUUCAAAAACCUGCUCCAGAGCACAUCCCACUUCCCAGGUGAGUAACUGCUGGGCUAGGACUCUCUCUCUCUCUCUCUCUCCUAUUGGAGCAGUUCUACUGUAUACGUAAUUAAAUAUUCAUUGGAGCAGGGACUUGAAUCUGAGUCUCCCAUAUCCCAGGUGAAUGCCCUUACCAAUGGGCUAUAGUCAGUCUCUCUCUGUGCCCUAAUGAAUAUUUAUUUAUACAAGAACAGCUCUUGAUAUGAGAGAUUGAGACGUGCUUCAGAAUACCCUAUAGCCUGGUGGUUAGGGCAUUCACCUGGCUUCAAGUUCCUGCUCUGAAUUAUGCAUGCUUCCAGUUGUCUUUUGUGACAGAUAUCAGGUCUUAAGUGUGCUCAGAGGGGCUUAGGUGUGCUCAGAGCCUAUGGGAUCAGGCCCUGGUAGCAAGAUAGCUUUGAGAAUCCUGCUUUGGGGCUCAACUUGAGUUAGGGGUCCAAUCCACAAUGUGGUGUCAGCAUUUAGGCACUUGAAUCCCCUAGGCUCCUACUAGGUUAAAUGGCAGCUGACUGUGGGCUUUGCAGAAUACAAAUGGUGCCUAAAAUGUUGGACUUAGGUAUCUAAAUGCCUUUGUGAAUCUGGGCCAUUAGCCUUGUUUCACAGAUAGGGAAACUGAAGCACAGAGCAAUGAAUGGACUUGACCAAGGUCCCCUAGCAGGUCAGGGGCAGAGCUAAGAUCUCCUGACUACCACUGCUCCCACUGAUAACUUUUUCUUCAUCGCCUCAACUUUGUCAAGAAUAAUUAUUCUCUCUCUUCCUUGGUUCACAAGCAUCCCCCUUCCCAUACAGAGAAUGAAGUUGUCGUCUUGUGGCUUUUGGAUGACUUCUGCUUAUUUUUCUUGGACAGAGCCCCUUUCUGUUUGGACAACAAGUCAAGAAAUGGCAUUUCUCCUCAUUAGAAGAUAAGUAACCUGUGCAGAAGGAAACUUUCCCAGAAGAGGAAUAUAAAAAGGGAUAAAUGCUCAUUACAGCCACAAAAUAAAUCAGUAAAAUCAGGCUCCCUGCACAUGCAGAGCUACUGGCAGGUUGAGUAAUUCUUAGCAUUCUCUUCAACGUGCUUGAGCUGUAUCUGUCCUGAGGAAGAAGUGUGCAAGCCAUUUGUGAACAAUGAUGGAGAUGUGUGUGUUUAAAAAAAAAAACCACCUUCUCAAUUUCAUCAUGUGCCUUUUUCCAAACCAUGUGAAAGAGCUGUGUCUUCUUUAUAAGCCAAAUACUGCGGCCACACAUGAGUAUGUUUACACAUGGGAAUAGUUUUUGACAAGUGCUUUAACUUGAAGCACUUGCAGAGGCGUUUGACUAGGGCCUAUAUAUUAUAUACUUUUAAUUUGUUAGUAGUGCUUACUGAGAUUAUAGAAAUAGAGGUGAAGUGAGUUUUGAAAAGAUUCCUAGUGCCUAUGAUGACUUAACACAAAUGGUCCCAAUAAAUAGGUAAGCAGGUUUUGAUUCUUUGUAUCAUUUCAAACUCAAACUCUUAUUCCUACUGGAACAGAACAAAUGAUGAAAGUUUAAAAAUGGAUAUUUGAAGUGAUCUAAUUUCAUUGAAGUUUAAAAUUAAUAUUUUCAUUAUAAAACAGUACUUAAAACAGUAAGUAACUUCACUUAUGAAUUUGGUACAUGCCAAUACUGAAAAGCUCAGGCUCUCCUCAGCUUUGAGGACACCAACUUUGAAAACAGCAGCACACUGUUUAACAAUUUAAGGAGAAGUCAAGGAUUUAUGUUAGGCCUUCACCCCAACCAGUGAAUGAGAGAUCUAAGAGCCAGACACUUAGGGUAUAAUGUAUUCAUAAUGGCUCAUCACAUGGUGCUCUCACAGGAGUGGCAGUUGACUAUUGCUGACAAAGUUAUAUAUUAGAAUCUAGAUCAAGCCUGUUACGAAAAAGCAGUAUCUGGGUUUUU